CGCAGAGCGGAGAAGCCCCCCAGCCCCGCCCCGGAUUCCGCCCCCCGGGGGCCCCUCACCCCGGCCUCCAGCCCCCCGGACGCUCCAGCGCUGGCCGGGCCGAUGAGCGGCCAUGGCCGCGGCUAUCGCCAGCUCGCUGAUCCGGCAGAAGCGGCAGGCCCGGGAGUCCAACAGCGAGCGGGUGACCACGUCCAAGCGCCGCUCCAGCCCCAGCAAGGACGGGCGCUCCCUGUGCGAGAGACACGUGCUCGGCGUCUUCAGCAAAGUGCGCUUCUGCAGCGGCAGGAAACGGCCGGUUCGCCGGAGACCAGAACCCCAGCUGAAAGGAAUUGUGACAAGGUUAUUCAGCCAGCAGGAAUACUUCCUGCAGAUGCACCCAGAUGGUACGAUUGAUGGGACCAAGGACGAAAACAGCGACUACACUCUCUUCAAUCUAAUUCCCGUGGGGCUCCGUGUGGUGGCGAUCCAGGGGGUGAAGGCAGGUCUCUACGUCGCCAUGAAUGGCGAGGGAUAUCUCUACAGCUCAGAGAUUUUCACACCAGAGUGCAAAUUUAAGGAAUCGGUCUUUGAAAACUACUACGUUAUUUAUUCUUCCACACUGUACCGGCAGCAGGAGUCUGGACGAGCAUGGUUCCUGGGGCUCAAUAAAGAAGGUCAAAUUAUGAAGGGGAACCGGGUGAAAAAAACCAAACCCUCGUCACAUUUUGUACCCAAACCCAUUGAAGUGUGCAUGUACAGAGAGCCAUCGCUGCAUGAAAUUGGAGAAAAACAAGGACGCUCAAGAAAAAGUUCAGGGACACCAACCAUGAACGGAGGCAAAGUUGUUAACCAGGACUCGACAUAAUUGACAAACACCCCUCUCCCUCUCUUCCAAUUCUUCCCUUCCCACUCACCUCCCCACCCUGCCGGCGAAACCACACCGCGACGACAAUAAACUGAGCAAGGCAGGACCUACCGGUAGCGGCUAGGAUUCUGAACUCAAAAAUCUUUCUUCGUGUAGGACGAGGAAAUCAACUCCCAAAUCUUGCCUGUUGCAACGUUUCAAAAAAAAACAACGAAGAAAAAAUGUUUUAAAUCAGGACUCCAUUAACAUUUUAAACGCAAACUGUUUGCUCUUUGAUCAAAAGGAAAAAUCUCUUCU